AUGGAGAUGCCGGAUGGGACAACAGACAUCGUCCAUCCCGAAGUACGGGCGCACAUCAACAGCUUAGUCUCCGCUCUCGGUGGCAUCAGCGCAGAUGAUGACGGACGCUACAACCUGGGAGACGACGCUCUCGAGGUCCUCCGCGACUUGAAGAAAUGGAUACGAUUUUACGACGAGAAGACGAACCGCAUGGACGUCGCACGAUGCAUCGCGGAAGCCAACCUGAUCGAUGGCGACCUGCUUCCCAUCCUGGCGACAUGGCCCGAGAAUUCCACCGACAACAAGUUCAGAUCGAGGAUCGCACUCGCAUGCUUCGAGAUCAUGGUGCCGCUGACGUGGCCUGUGGAGCGCGAUCCCGAGCAGACGACAGUCAACCAUCACCGACACAUGCCCGCCCUGCAGCUCGCACAAGUCGGCUACAAACGAUCCAUCAUCAACUUUGACGGUGCGCGGAUCCUGCACGCCGCAGCCAGGGUUGCCCUCCCGGCCAUGGCCGCGCCGAUUGGGGAGCGCACCCCGCGAGACCAGGGCAUCAUCAAGCUGGUGCUCUUCUUCUUGAGGAAUGUCGCCAUGAUCGAGCCCCAGCCAAACGUCAAAUAUGAGGGCGAGGAGUCACAGAUCUCUCGCUCGGCUACGAUUGACGCCUUCUCCUACCAAGACAUCUUCAUGGUCCUCCUGACCAUCGCAUCCAACAUGGGCGAGGACUUCCGGACCGAGGACGUGACCAUCAUGGAGAUCAUCUACCAUCUCGUCAAGCGCGUUGACGUCAAAAAGCUGUUCAUGAGUGAGCAGCAGGUCAACAAGGCCAAGGCGGAUGAGCUGUCGGUCAUGAUGGGCAAGGAGAAUGCAAUGCUCAAGGCCCAGAACCGCAAGGGGCCCACACGUCACAACCGCUUCGGCACGGUCAUCUGGGUGAAGCGCGCCGACGGCAAGAUGACUGCAGUCUCCGGACAGGAAGCUCUGGUGGAUGUGGCCUCGAGGCGGAAGAAGAUGGACGAGACGAAAAAGUUCAAGCCGCCCCGCAAGGCCAGGUCAAAGACGGACUCGCACAUGAAGGAUCUAGGCGAGCUGCCGAAGCUGGAUGCUCGUGCCUACUCUCAGCUGAGGAGUUUUGUCGAGGAAUUCCUGGAUGCCGGCUUCAACCCCUUAUUUGAGCAUGUCAGAAAGUCCAUCGACCGCGAGGCCUCACACGUGCUGUCAUACCACCGGAGACAGUUUCUGUAUCUGGUGGCGUGGUUCUUGGAGGCGGAGCGAACCCGGAAGAGCUCGCAGCGCGCUUCUGCGCCGAAGAAUUCGGCAGAGGAAGUCAGCAGCUUCAACCUGGUCGCCGCCGUCCUCAACCAGUCCACCUUUAUCACUCUCAACAGGACCAUGACCCAGGCCUGGGAGCAUAAGGACUGGCCAGAAUUGACCGCCUCAAUGAGGUGUCUCACGCAGAUCCUGCUGACGGUGCAGGAGAUGUCCCAUUCGCCCAACGAGGACGACCAGGAGAUCGCGGAGAAUACACUGAGCCGUCUGUUCUACGAAGACGCCAUGCACGAUCUGAUAGCCAACGUCGUGAGACAGUACAAGGAGCAGGGUUUCGACUAUCUCGAUGCCGCCACGGAGCUGACACAUCACUUCCUACGCAUCUUGGAGGCAUACUCAAAGCAAAACGUGGACAUGCAAGUCCGGUCUCGGCGGAGGACGAGGCGCAAGAAGAAGGCGGCCAAAGAAGCGUCGGCCGAUGGCGAGGGCGACGAAGACGAAGCCGAUGAUUCCGGGGACGAUGAGAAGAACGCCGAGCUGACCACCAAGGAGCGCAAGUUCGACUUUCAGCGGUUCAGCGCCCGUUUCACGCCACAAGGCGUCGUCGACACGUUUGUGGCAUUUACCAAGUUUUACAAAGAUCUCAGCGACGAGCAACUUAAGCGCGCCCACCGCUACUUCUACCGCGUGGCCUUCAAGCACGACGCGAGCGUCAUGCUGUUCCGCGUGGACAUUGUCCACCUCCUCCACGAGAUGGUCAAGGGCCCUGAACCUCUGGACAAGGCGUCGAGCAUGUACAAGGAGUGGGAGGAGCUGGCGAAGCAGAUCCUGCGCAAGUGCUUCAAGAAGAUCGACGAGAGGCCGGCCCUCCUCAUCGAGAUGCUCUUCUCCAAGAUUAGCAGCACGGCGCACUACCUCGAAUACGGCUUUGAGAAGCAGACAAUCUCAACGUCAAGGCCCCGACCCGCAGCUGAUCUCGAGUUCAAGUACACCGAGGACCGCGAGCAGCAGAUGGCCAUCGCCGUUGGUGUGCUUCUCGACAAGAGCCAGUCGGACCACAUCGCGUGGGUCAAGAAGAUCCUCACCAACGCCGAGCAGGAGCGCCGCGCUCUCGCGGCAGCAGAAGAGAUCCUCCCCUCCGUCGAGGCAACGGGCGACAACGACGAGCCGGUCGACAAGCCAGCAGACAGCUUCAUGCCGUACACUGCCCGUCCCGACAACGAUGCCCGCCAGGCAGCCAUGUUCAAGAAUGCCCACCUCCGCCUCCUCAUGCGCCUCGCAGGGCUCGAGCGUCACGCUCCCGCCAUCGACGAGUCUCCCGACAGCCUCUGGGUCGUCCCCGCGUCGGCGACCCCGGACCAGCUGCGCGAGACGCUCGAUCUCAUCAACAAGGCCGAGUUCAGCCCGCCCGUCUUCGAAGAGGGCGUCCUCGCCGAGCACCAGCUCCGCCGCAAGACGGCCACGCGCAAAAAGGCGCAGUACGACGACGACGACGGCGAGGGCGAGGACGACGACGACGAUGAAGACGGCGACGUCGCCAACGCAGCCCUCUUCCCCGCCGGCGGACCGACAGAGCGCAAGGUCGUCAACGGCAAGAAGAAGAAGAAGAACAAGACAAGGCAUGUCCGCAAACGCCGCGAACGGGACCCGGAUGCCUCGGGCUCCGACGACGAUGACGAAGCGGCCCGGGACCGGGCGCGCGCCCGCCGCGAGAGGGAGAGGGCCAAGCUGGAGAAGAUCAAGUCGCAGCUCUACGUCGCGGCGAGCGACGACGAGACGGACGACGAGCGCGAUGCCGCCUUCUUCGCGCGCGAGGAGGCGCAGCUCCAGGAGAAGCAACACUCCGUCACGGUGUCGCAGUUCUUGCUCGCUGUAUCUCCUGCUCGGCCUCCUCGGCGCCGUGGCGCUCACGGCCCUUUCCACGUCGUCGGCUCCAGCGGCUGGUCCGCCGUAUGCGCCUCCUACGUUCUCCAUGAUGAACGCCUUGCGCGAGGUUUGAGAAGCGCUGCUCAACACGUGGCUCGGCUCGACGACAUGGGAGCCCGUCAGGUUGCCCUUCUCGUCUGUUUCGGGGCGAGCCUUCUUGACGGUGAGAGCUUCGGUGUGGAAGGGGCUUGGGGGAGAGGUAGGGGAAAAGGAAGGCCGAGGAUACCGGCGACACCAAGGGAGGCCAAGCAGGAAGAAGUCCCAGUGAAAGCCAGGAGGCUUUCGAAGAGGAAACUCGGUGCCUUGUGCGAUGAGCGAGGAGACUAUUGCGAAGAGGAUGGUCAGAAGAAUGGCAAAGGGCAGAGCCAGGAAAAUGUCGCCAACGCUGAUGUUCCAGAAAUCGACGAGCCAGUCGCGGUCCGCCGUCGGCAAGAAGGCGACGCUGAUGAGCGUCAAGGGUGUGCCGUAGUCCUUGAGGAAGACGCGGAUGUGAUGGUGGAAGAGACCGCUCGUCCCGAGCUCGCCGCAGAUGUACGCGACCAUGAAGACGAGCAGGGCAGCAACGAUGGACAGGUAGAAGCCAGGUCCGUCGGGGAGUCGCUCGAGCACCUGGAUGCCCUUCUGCAGAUAGAUGAAGGCGACGUAGAAGCCAAAGAUGUCACAGGGGAAGCGGGUGACCCAUCGCAGCCAGUUGCACGAGUUGGUGAUGGCAAGAAUCCAGUGGAGGAUGAGCGACCAGAUACCGAUCCAACACAUGAAGGCGAGAUAGUUGACACCAGUGGGCUCCAUGAUGUCGUAGACGGUGCUGUCGAGGUCAGGAUUGGCCCAGAUCAGAUCAUUGGUAGAGGGGGGGAAGACGAUGGGCCGUUGUUGGGAGGUGAUGUUGUGGUGGGGGUCUCGAACACAGUCUCGGCAGAACGAGGCUCAGUAUCGACAGGACGAGGAACGUCGGGAGCCGGGUCAGCGGCACCCAUCUUGGUGUCGUCCGUGCUGGCAGAGACCAUGGCCACGGUUGUGGACCGAGCAGAGGCUUGCAGCGGAGGCCUGCUGUGGUUGAUGCUUGGGUAA